AUCCUCUCCAUUCAUACCAAAGACAAUAGCUGAAUGCGCUUGAUUGACUUUGCCAGUCAAAAAAACAAGUUUCUAUUGUGAAUUGCUAUUUUACGAUCUCAUUAUUCUAUUAAUUGAAGUGGGCCACUUUUAAAAACGAUUUUCGAGUCAUUGACGAACCUGAUUUCUAUCCAACAUGGCUGGCCUCGGUGAAGGUAGUCAGAAAAAGCGAAAGCUCACAGACGUUCCUGAAAUUGAAAUCGAUGUGUCCGCGCCUGAACCUCCGUCGAAAAAGGCUCUGCGCAAAGCCAAAAAGAAGGUUGCUGAGCCUACGGCAGAUUCUACAACGAAGCAAGAGGCCGCUGUGCCCAGCAAAAAGCAAGAAGAUGAGGCCCCCAACAAACGUUCAGACCACGGCAUCUGGAUUGGAAAUCUGGCCUUUUCGGUGACCAAAGAUGAUCUUCGCAAGUUUCUCACAAGCAAUUGCACAUUUGCGGAUACCACAAUCACCCGUAUACAUCUGCCCAAGGGCCAGGAAAAAUUUGGAAAGGCUCAGAACAAGGGCUUCGCUUACAUCGAUCUUGCCAACGAAAAGGCUGUGAAGGAGGCAGUAGGAUUGAGCGAGCAGCUGCUAGCUGGUCGCCGUGUGUUGAUCAAGGAUGCGAAAAGUUUUGACGGCAGACCAAAAAAGUCAGAACAGGAUUCGGCGGCAACAGCUACGAAACCUCCUUCGAAACGGAUAUUCGUUGGCAAUCUCGGCUUUGAUGCUACAAAAGAGGUCAUCGAGGAACAUUUUGGACAAUGCGGUACCAUCGCACAUGUACAUGUGGCAACAUUUCAGGAUAGUGGAAAAUGCAAGGGCUAUGCUUGGGUGGAGUUCGAGGAUCUUGCUGCCGCCGAAGCAGCGGUGAAGGGCUUUGUUAUGGUUGAUGAAGACGAGGAAGACGAUGAGGGCUCCGGAGAAGAAGAGUCCGGAAAGCGCAGGAAGUCGAAGAAACACAGACAGAGGAGGGUUUGGGUGAACCAGCUUCUUGGUCGACGAAUGCGCAUGGAGUUCGCGGAGGAUGCGACAACACGGUACAAGAAGCGGUUCGGUAAAGAUGGGGAAGGCAAGAAGAAAGAUGAAUCGGUCAUUACUGAAGUGGAAGACGGGCCUCUUGAGCAGGAGCCGACUGGAGACAGGCCGCAACGGUCACAUCCUGAGAAGCCCAAGCGAAACAACAAGCCUGAAUACUCAAGAUACGCCAAAGAAACUGUGCAAAAGCUUAGCGGUGCUAUUGUCGAACCCCAAGGAAAGAAAAUCACUUUUGAUUGAGACUUGUCAAUAUAAAAACGAAGCAGAAUGGCUCCUUCCUAUGAUUCAUAUUCCAUACUGAAGCUUUUCAGUCAAGUGAUUGACGUUCAACCACUUUUUCUUUGCGAGUCAUUUAAGAACUGUC